ACGAAUGGGUGUACGACCUUUCAUGUACUGGCUAACAUGGUAUCUCUGGAUCUUUGUCGACCUGUCCAUACUGGCCACAGUCUUUGCCACUUCCUUUGUUGUGCCCAUGUUGUCCAAGGAAGCCAUUUUAAAGAGAACUGAUCCCUGGAUUGUCUACUUGUUCUUCUACACUUUCUCCUUUAGCCUGGCGUCAUUCUGCAUUCUGGGUAGUGUGCUACACCCCAGUGCUAAAUCCACCACAUCGAUCACCUGCCUGAUCUAUGUUUCAAGCAUCUUUGUGUCCCGUGUCUUCUUGCCUGGGAUGAAGAUGAACUACCUCCUUGAUAUGAUCAUCAGUGUCAGUCUUCAUACAGGCAUGAGCACUAUGUUCCAUUAUGAACAAUUAGGUGUGGGAAUACACAGCUACAACAUGUUCUCCUCACGCUACUUAAAGAGUAUGUUCUUUAUACAUAACAUAUACCUGAGGCUCCUCUCAAGUUUCAUCUACCUCCUCCUGGCUUUUCUCUUCUACAACAUCAUCAUCAGGAAUAAACCUGUCUGGUUUAAACAAAGUGAGAAUCAUAAACAGGAGUUGUCUGAAGACAAAUUUGUCAACCCAAAUUUUCACGAAGAUCAAACUGAACUCUCACCUAGUAUCAAGCUUGAAAAGAUCAGCAAUUCAUUUAUGAUCAAUGUUUCAAUGGAUAUGUAUGAGAACCAAGUGACAGCACUAAUUAGCAACAGUGGAAGACUUCAUCUGACGGACGUAUUUAAAGGUCAGGUCAAAGUAGAGCAGGGAAGAAUAUUAGUGUAUGGUUUGGACCUCAACAACGAUCUUAAGCAGAUUCGAAAAACAACUGGAAUUUGUACCAAAAGCAUCACAAAUUUGUAUAGGAAAUUGACAGUCAAGGAAAAUUUAAGUUUGUUUACAAAGUUAAAGUAUUACUGCCAGGAUGCAGAAAUGACCAAAGUAGAAGAUAUUGCAGCUAAAUUCAAGUUACAUAAAUUGUUACAUAUACCCCUUACUGACCUUAAGUCAUCUGAAAUUAGAAUGUUGCAAAUAGCUCUUGCAUUCAUUGGGCACAACAAGGUCAUUAUACUGGAGGAGCCAUUCACAAACCUGGAGCCGGGCCACUGCCUGCGGCUGUGUAACAUCAUCAGCAGUGAGAAGGUGGAUAAAACAAUUCUUCUGCUGGUUCACAGUCUGGAACAUGUAGAACUGACUGCAGACGUGCUGGCCUUUUUCAUGGCCAAACAUCUCAUUUGUUCAGGAAGUGCUAAUUUUUUACGUGUUCUUUUAGGUGCUGGGUACUACCUCACCAUAACACUAGAACCUCAACGUCGCAGUGAUCGUGUGAAACAAGUUGUGGUGACGUACAUUCCAGAAACUGUCAUUCUCGAGGAGUAUGAAAACACAGUCAUCUUUCUGCUGUCACUCAACCAGACAGAAAACUUCUACAACCUCUUCUCUGUUUUGGACACCUAUAAAAAGGAGCUUUUUAUUGCUAAUUAUAGCAUCGAUGCUAAAACUCUGGAUGAGGCUUUUUCUCGAUUGCACAAAUGUGGUCUUCAGGAUACAUGGGAGACCUUUAAAUCUGAUACAAGUUUAAGCAUCCCCAACCAACUGACUUCUGUCAUACAGAGGGAUAGAAUGAAGAGCAUGUGUGAGAUUCUACAAACUGAUGGUGCAGAUGCUGCCGCAGAGAGGGCAAAAGGAUCCCCCAUUGAUGAUGAGAUCGUUUUUGUGGCUGGUCAAGACACUGAACAAGAAGAUAGGUUGGCCAUUUGUAAAAAACUUAUCUCGAAAGUUAAAGAAUUGAAUCAGCAAAAACUGAAAGGAUUCCCUCUUUUAUAUGCCCAGGCUUACGCCAUGCUACACAUCAAAAUGAUCUUUAGCACCAGCAACUUAGUAAUUCUAACAGAGUUGAUUCAGUGGAUCUUUAUCUUCCUCCUGGCCUUCCUGUCGUGCGAGAUUGAAGUGCACUCCACCUCCUAUCAAGAGGUUGAGAUCAGCUCUCACACUGCUGCCAUCUUCCAUCCCAUCAUCACUGUCACAGAAGGCCACAGUAGGUCAGAAAAAACCAAGAAAUUAGCCGACAUUUUCGUUGAGAAUUUUAUAAUGGGGCAGACUCAUAAGCUGGACCGUGAUUUUUUAUUGCAGUAUGAUAUUGCCAAGGAACCUAUGUAUCAAAUCCUAGAUAACAUAAAUUUGCGCAACAAGCAACCACAUUUCGGAGUUGAGUUUUUAAACAUUGCAAACCUGUCUGCCAUUGCAUGGUAUUCAGGAAAUGCCGAUGAAAGACUUGGCAAGCUGCCUUUGUCUGUGGUGGCAGUACUCAAUACAUUUCUGACCUACCUAAUGGGCAAUCAAUACUCAAUGAAGUUAAAACUACUACCUAUAAAAAGACUGGACACAAUAGAGGCUAAGAAUUUCCAAAACCAUGUUUAUUAUGACAUAACGCAUCACAGUGUUCUUCUAAUGAUCAUUGCCCUGUCUGUCAUUCCAUACAACUUAGUUUUAGAAAGAGAGAAAGGAUUAAAACACCAGGAGCUGAUAAGGGGGGUAAGCCCAGCUUUGUACUGGUUCACCCAUUUCUUCUACGAUUACCUCAACUACAUUUUCUUCUACAAUGUUUAUGGUUCUGUUGUACUCUUUAUGAAAUCUGAAGUCAUGGAAAAUUCAACAGGCCUUCUUUACAUCCUGGUACUGUGUAGUGGCCUCAUGAUGUUGCCAUUCAUCUACGUGAUGCAGUUUUUGUUCAACUCUCCAAUCAUGGCAGCUACAACAAUCCUGACAUGUAGCUAUCUGACAUCAGAGAUCUACUCUCUCAGUGCCCUGUACACAGCCAACUCCCUAGAGACUGAGUCUUUGUGUGCUAAUGAGUUCUCCUUGUUUUUUCUUUUGAUAACACCUAGUGCAGUCCUGCCUAAUGCUGUCUGCAAUGCUAUUCAGAAUUAUAGGGGAGAUAAGUUCUGCUCUGCUGUACACAAUUAUUGUGGCUCCUCAUAUAAAGUCAACUACAAGGACGUGUGCUGCACUGAAUCUUGUCCUGGAUAUUUCAACUGCAACAUGUUUGUCAAGCGGCAUUUCCUGUCCCUGUGGCGCCCUGGUGUGGGCAUGCACAUCAUCGCCAUGAUAGCUCACAGCUGUUUCUGGUUCCUGGUGCUCAUGGCCAAAGAAUACAGAUGGCCGUCUCGCAUAAUGUUCCGUUUACGAAAAUAUUUUCCUGCGGAGGAACCAGCACAGUCUAACAUCAACUGGGACCUGCGGCAUUCUGUUUUUCUAAAUUUGAGUGAAGAUUCCGACAUUUUUGCCUCCAGUAAAUCCACUAUUUGUGUCAAAUGGGCUUCUCCAAGCAAUGAAUAUGCUGCUAUUAAAAGGCCAGCACCAGCUAUGGCAUGCUUCCAGCUGUGCCUGCCUGAGAAAAAUGGCACCAAGGUUCAGAACAUCUCUCUGGGUGUGGAUGAGGGGGACAUCUUCUACAUCGUCAGCUCCGACUGCUCCAUGUCGUCUUCUCUGCUGGGCACGUUUGCUGGAACUCACGCCAUCAAGAAUGGACACAUCUUUAGGAAAGGAGAAAGUAUUGAUAUAUUUUCUUAUGAGCCUUUCCGUAGUAUCGGCUACUGCCCCCAAAGCUCAGUCUGCCUGUCCCACAUGACCGCGUAUGAGCUGCUUUACUUCUUCGCCUCCAUUGAGGGGGUCAGGAAAGAAAACAUCACCCCCCUGGUACACCAGUUGAUCAGUAUAUUCCACCUAAAUGACAUUGCCCAUCUGCCUGCCAAAACUUACAGUGAAAGUAAACUUGAGCGUCUGAAUCUGGCAGCAGCCCUGAUUGGCAGCCCGCACAUUCUGCUGGUGGACAAUUCCAGAAUCUUGAAGGACACUUUUGGGCUAAAUCUGGUCAAAAACUUGCUGGCAGCUUUAAAGGCCAUGAACACAACUGUUGUUGUUACAUCUAGCAACAUGGAGGAGAGUGCAGCCCUUGCCACACGGAUCGCCCUGUUUGUCCACGGGAAGCUGGUGUGUCUGGCCCCACCCAAGGAGAUCCAGAGGAGCUACACCAACAGCUACACCCUGCUGGCCAAGAUUGACUCACUCAACUUCAAGGUCUCCAACGCGAUCCUCAUCAACUCACUCAAGCAGAGGUUCCCAAAUGCUGUGGUUUUUCAUGAUCAAAUGGAUUUCGUCCACAUGCACAUACCAUAUGAAAGUGAUUCAUUGGCUGAAAUAUUUGCUCUGAUGGAGUCUACCAAGAAACACCUCAAGAUCCGUGAUUACACAGUUCACUACACAAGGUUGAACCACGUCAUGUAUGUAUUUGAAAAAGCUAUCGAAGCAGCUGAAGAGUCUGAAAAGAAUGAGUAGCUUACAAUACAUCACCGUGCUUACACCUUACUAAUCCCACCCUUACACCUUACUAAUCCCACCCUU